UUCACGAAGUCUACAGGCGAUGAGGCUGCGUGUAUGGAUGUUCCUUGACACAGAGAGAUAGAGGGAGUCCCCGGCUGAAGCGGAAAAUGGCAAUUCCCAUGCUGAGGUCUUCUUCGUCUAUUUCCACUUGCCACUCCUUCUUUCGUUCUUUCUCUUCUGCAAACAUCAAAUUAUUAGCAAAGAGGCGAAUUUCGGUCUCUUCUUGUGCUGCGUCCGAGUUGAAUCCUGAUCGGUUAGGGGAACGGAUGCCAGAGUUAUCAUUUCGUGUUGGAAGUCAUCUCGUUCCACAUCCGAGCAAGGUUGACAGAGGUGGGGAGGACGCAUUCUUAGUCAGCAGCUAUAAUGGGGGAGUUAUUGCUGUCGCUGAUGGCGUCUCUGGGUGGGCAGAACAGAAUGUGGAUCCUUCAUUGUUUUCUCGAGAGCUAAUGGCUAAUGCUUCAUAUUUAGUUGAAGAUGAAGAGGUGAAUUACGAUCCUCAAAUUCUUCUGAAGAAAGCGCAUUCUGCAACAUCUUCCAUAGGUUCAGCCACUGUAAUUGUUGCGAUGCUAGAAGGGAAUGGUGUUCUGAAGAUCGCCAAUCUUGGAGAUUGUGGACUGCGGGUUAUUCGUAGAGGUCAAAUCAUAUUUUCCACAUCUCCACAAGAACAUUAUUUUGAUUGCCCGUACCAAUUGAGCUCAGAGGUAGCUGGUCAAACAUACCUAGAUGCCAUGAUUAGCAGCAUCCAGUUAUUGGAAGGAGACACUGUUGUGAUGGGCUCUGACGGGCUUUUUGAUAAUGUUUUCAACCAUGAAAUAACUUCAACAUUGGCCAGAUACGGUGAUAUUGCUGAAGCCGCGAAGGCAUUAGCUAACCUGGCUCACAAUCAUUCGACGGAUUCCAAAUAUGAUUCACCUUAUUCCCUGGAGGCUAGAACCAUGGGUUAUGAUGUUCCUUGGUGGAAAAAAAUGCUAGGGAUGAAGCUCACAGGUGGAAAGCUUGAUGAUAUCACCGUGAUUGUUGGCCAGGUAGUGGGCUCAUCAAACACUAGCAUCUGUUAGAUGUACCAGUUUGUGAGCUUGUGAAACAUUUGAAUUGGGUCUGUUAGGUUUCGCCAGGCGUCUCAUAAGUUGGAGUCUUUACCUGCCUUUACAAGAUCCUUUUUGUUCUUUUCUGGUGACUUCGUCCUGUAAAUUAGGAAGAUCAUUCAAUGGUUACGACGACACUAAAAGUGCAAUCCGCGUAUGGAUCAUGAACAGAAUAAAAUGAUUUUCUUACAAUAUCAUUCAUUGAAAAACACAAGUAUUUCUGAAUA